CCAGCGGUGAGCUGAACGGGUUUUGGAAGGAAGGAUGUCGUAGAGCACUUGCUACAGACAGGAGCCAAUGUUCAUGCUCGUGACGACGGAGGGCUGAUCCCCCUUCACAACGCCUGCUCCUUUGGUCACGCGGAAGUGGUCAGUCUGUUACUGUGCCAAGGGGCCGACCCAAAUGCCAGAGACAAUUGGAACUACACUCCUUUGCAUGAAGCUGCCAUCAAGGGGAAGAUAGAUGUGUGCAUUGUGCUGCUGCAGCACGGAGCUGAUCCAAACAUUCGGAACACCGAUGGGAAAUCUGCGCUGGAUCUGGCAGACCCUUCAGCAAAAGCUGUACUCACGGGUGAAUACAAGAAGGACGAACUCCUGGAAGCUGCUAGGAGUGGUAAUGAAGAAAAACUGAUGGCUUUACUGACUCCUUUAAAUGUGAACUGCCAUGCAAGUGAUGGGCGUAAGUCCACUCCUUUACACCUAGCAGCAGGCUACAACAGAGUUCGGAUAGUCCAGCUUCUGCUUCAGCACGGUGCCGAUGUGCAUGCAAAAGACAAAGGUGGUCUUGUGCCUCUUCAUAAUGCAUGUUCAUAUGGACACUAUGAGGUUACAGAGCUGCUGCUUAAGCAUGGUGCCUGUGUGAAUGCUAUGGACCUCUGGCAGUUUACCCCCUUGCACGAGGCUGCUUCCAAGAACCGGGUGGAGGUCUGCUCCCUCCUGCUGAGCCACGGCGCAGAUCCCACGCUGGUCAACUGCCACGGCAAGAGCGCGGUCGAUAUGGCUCCGACGCCUGAGCUCAGGGAGAGGUUGACCUAUGAAUUCAAAGGACAUUCUUUACUGCAAGCAGCCAGAGAGGCAGACCUAGCCAAAGUGAAAAAGACACUUGCUUUGGAGAUCAUUAAUUUUAAGCAGCCACAGUCUCAUGAGACUGCACUGCACUGUGCUGUGGCUGCUGUGCAUCCCAAGCGGAAGCAAGUUACAGAACUAUUGCUCAGGAAAGGAGCAAAUGUUAAUGAGAAAAACAAAGACUUCAUGACACCUUUACAUGUUGCAGCUGAAAAAGCUCAUAAUGAUGUCAUGGAAGUUCUGCAUAAACAUGGAGCAAAGAUGAAUGCACUGGACACACUUGGUCAAACAGCGUUGCACAGGGCUGCAUUAGCAGGUCACUUGCAAACCUGCCGGCUGUUGCUGAGUUACGGUUCUGAUCCUUCCAUCAUCUCUUUACAAGGCUUCACAGCAGCACAGAUGGGAAAUGAAGCAGUGCAACAGAUUCUAAGUGAAAGUACACCUGUGCGCACAUCAGAUGUGGAUUAUCGGUUGUUAGAAGCAUCUAAAGCUGGAGACUUGGAAACUGUGAAGCAACUUUGCAGCCCUCAGAAUGUGAAUUGUAGAGAUCUGGAAGGCCGUCAUUCAACGCCACUGCAUUUUGCUGCAGGAUAUAACCGCGUAUCAGUGGUGGAGUAUCUGUUGCACCAUGGAGCAGAUGUGCAUGCCAAAGAUAAAGGUGGCUUAGUACCCCUGCACAACGCCUGUUCUUAUGGACACUAUGAAGUGGCUGAACUCUUAGUGAGGCACGGUGCUUCUGUCAACGUGGCCGACCUGUGGAAAUUCACUCCUCUACAUGAAGCAGCAGCAAAAGGAAAAUAUGAAAUCUGCAAACUGCUUUUAAAACAUGGAGCUGAUCCAACAAAAAAGAAUCGAGAUGGGAACACUCCUCUAGAUUUGGUGAAAGAAGGGGACACAGAUAUCCAGGACUUACUGCGAGGAGACGCUGCCUUGCUAGAUGCUGCCAAGAAGGGGUGCCUGGCACGAGUGCAGAAGUUAUGUACUCAAGAAAAUAUCAACUGCAGAGACACCCAGGGAAGAAAUUCAACACCACUACACCUUGCAGCUGGUUACAACAAUUUGGAAGUAGCUGAAUACCUUCUUGAGCAUGGUGCUGAUGUUAAUGCCCAGGACAAAGGAGGAUUAAUCCCCCUACACAACGCAGCAUCCUAUGGGCAUGUGGAUAUAGCAGCACUGUUGAUCAAAUACAAUACAUGUGUAAAUGCAACAGAUAAAUGGGCAUUCACACCAUUGCAUGAAGCUGCACAAAAAGGAAGGACACAGCUCUGUGCUCUGCUGUUAGCUCAUGGAGCAGAUCCAACCAUGAAGAAUCAAGAGGGUCAGACACCACUAGACCUGGCAACAGCUGACGAUAUCCGAGCUUUGCUGAUAGAUGCGAUGCCUCCAGAAGCUUUGCCUACAUGCUUCAAGCCUCAAGCUACUGUUGUUAGUGCCUCUGUGAUCUCGCCAGCAUCCACACCGUCCUGCCUCUCUGCUGCCAGCAGUAUAGAUAACCUCACUGGGCCACUGGCAGAACUAGCUGUAGGAGGGGCAUCAAAUGCUGGUGAUGGAGCAGCAGGAACUGACAGGAAGGAAGGAGAAGUUUCUGGUCUUGACAUGAACAUUACCCAGUUCCUAAAAAGCCUCGGUCUUGAACACCUUCGGGAUAUCUUUGAGACAGAACAGAUAACCCUGGAUGUGUUGGCAGACAUGGGGCAUGAGGAGCUUAAAGAAAUUGGGAUCAAUGCAUACGGACACCGCCACAAAUUAAUAAAAGGUGUGGAGAGACUUCUAGGAGGGCAGCAAGGCACUAAUCCUUAUUUGACUUUCCACUGUGUGAGUCAGGGGACCAUUCUCCUUGACCUUGCUCCUGACGAUAAGGAGUACCAGUCCGUAGAAGAGGAGAUGCAAAGUACAAUCCGGGAGCAUCGAGAUGGUGGAAAUGCUGGUGGUAUCUUCAACAGAUACAAUGUCAUCAGGAUUCAAAAGGUAGUGAACAAGAAGUUGCGGGAGAGAUUCUGUCACAGACAGAAAGAGGUCUCAGAGGAGAAUCAUAAUCAUCACAACGAACGCAUGUUGUUUCACGGGUCUCCUUUUAUUAAUGCUAUCAUUCACAAAGGAUUUGAUGAAAGGCAUGCAUACAUUGGAGGAAUGUUUGGAGCUGGAAUUUACUUUGCUGAGAACUCCUCAAAAAGCAACCAAUAUGUGUACGGAAUAGGGGGAGGAACAGGCUGUCCCACACACAAAGACAGGUCCUGUUAUAUCUGUCACAGACAAAUGCUGUUCUGUAGAGUGACCCUUGGAAAAUCCUUUCUUCAGUUCAGCACGAUGAAAAUGGCUCAUGCCCCUCCAGGGCACCACUCUGUUAUCGGCAGACCAAGCGUGAAUGGACUUGCGUAUGCUGAAUACGUUAUCUAUAGAGGAGAACAGGCAUAUCCAGAAUAUCUUAUUACAUACCAGAUUGUGAAACCAGAAGCUCCCUCACAGACAGCAACAGCAGCAGAGCAAAAGACCUAGUAGCUUCAGAGCAGUGAAGAAGGAUGUGGCUUCAGUCUUGGACUGGAUGGAUACAUGUUUCAGAAAAUCAGUAUCAUAAAAUUCUUAACAACCUGGAAAUAA